AUGACUGUUACAUACACCGGCGAGGUAGCAACUUGUCGUGGUUUCGGCACAUUCCUAAAAGUUCUAUACAAAUGGCGUGGAAGUAUAUACAAAUUAGUAUGGCUAGACCUUCUAGUGUUCCUGCUUUUAUACUAUGUACUAAAUUUGACUUAUCGGCUGUUACUGGAUGAAAAUGCUAAAAGGAUGUUCGAAGGUGUGGUGAACUAUUGCAGUUUUCACGGGAAUGUGAUCCCUCUGUCGUUCGUACUAGGGUUCUAUGUUACCGUGGUUAUGAAUCGAUGGUGGAGCCAGUACACCACUAUACCUUGGCCCGACUCUAUUGCUGUCUUCGUCUCCGCGACUAUACAUGGACAGGAUGAGCGCGGGCGUCUGAUGCGGCGGACCAUCGUCCGCUACGUGUGUCUCUGCCUUACCAUGGUGCUCACGAUGAUCUCACCGAGAGUCAAGAAACGCUUCCCUACGCUUAACAACUUCGUUGAUGCUGGUCUUCUACUAGAAAACGAAAAAACAAUCCUCGACAAUCUAAAUGACAAGUUCCCUAAGCCCUCUAAACAUUGGUUACCAAUUGUAUGGGCGACUAGCAUAGUGACAAGAGCCCGCAAAGAGGGUCGAAUUAGAGACGAUUUUGCAGUAAAAACGAUUAUAGAUGAAUUAAAUAAAUUCAGAGGACAAGCAGGACUUCUCCUUAGUUACGAUACUAUAAGUGUACCAUUAGUAUAUACUCAGGUAGUUACCAUAGCAGUAUACUCAUAUUUUAUAACAUCUGCCUUGGGCAGCCAGUGGGUCGACAAUAAAUUACAACGCAACGAUUCCGUCAACAUUAGUAAUAUUGACCUCUACUUUCCUAUAUUUACUACGCUAGAAUUCUUCUUCUAUAUGGGAUGGCUCAAAGUGGCCGAGUCUCUGAUCAACCCUUUUGGUGAGGACGAUGAUGACUUCGAAGUAAACUGGUUGAUAGACAGAGAUUUGCAGGUUUCGUACAUGAUCGUGGAUGAGAUGCACCACGAGCAUCCGGAACUGAUUCGCGAUCAGUACUGGGACGAAGUGUUCCCGUCGGAGCUGCCUUACACGAUAGCGACGGAGAACAACCGAGAGGAGCAUCCCGAGCCGUCAACAGCGCGUGUGGCCGUACCAGUGCGACAACGCAGUAUGGUGCUAUCUGCGCCAUCGCAAGUCAAGAUCGACGAGAUGAACCCCUCCAACACCCAACUGCAAAUGAACGACGAUGCGGUUUCGGGAAUCCAUUUCAUCGUGAACCGCGGCAGUAAGCGCGGGAAAAAGGAAGACAGAAACUCUAUGGGCUCCACCAACUCUAUGGCGUCGCUACAACAAACUCCGAUGGCGCGAACAAACUCUGUCACAUCGAUGCUGAAGAGACUGUUCUCUAAGGAAGAACAAAGGGGCACGUCAGCAACACAGACCGAUGGUGGUACGUUCAGGCUGUUGAAGCACGAUGGUUCUCGUUUUACGAUAUCUGCCAGUAACCCAACUCUGAACAAGCCCACCACUGCCGGAGGUAGCAUGAAGAUCGCGAAUGAUAUUAUUGAAGAGGUUGAUGAGCAAGCCACCAUCACUAGCAUGGGGAAACGACCUGAAACUAGGCCUACAGCGAUGAGUUUGUUCACUCAAGCGCCUCCGACGCCAAGCGACCCAGUCGACGUUCCAGUCAGAAACUCAAACAAAGCCAAUUCUAACUCUCGCCUGUCAUCAUCAGCGCCAAAUCCUUACGCAGUGCGACCUAGUGAAGGAGGAGAUCUCAGUCCUGCAGCCCAGUCACUCAAUACGCAGGAUUCCUUCGUUUUGCCCGAAGAGCGUCCAAGACUCGACAGCGAUGUAGGCCCAUCGUUGAGCGCAGCUGGAAGUCAGACUUUGUUGGAUGAAGCAGACGGCGGGGAAGAUCCCGAGUUGGAUGAUUUUGAUCGUUUGCGUAGCAUUCGAGAACAACAUCGACGGGAGAAAUAUCUCCAGAAAUUAAUGGCACGUUCUAUAAGCGCUCAACAGAGAACGGGUAGCACGGAGUUGAUGGAUAAUGAUCUUCUGCUAGAAGAUCUUCUCUCUCAAUCAGCAGCAGCUCAGAAAAAAGAAGAAAAAUCAAAGAUUGAUCCCAAAGACAACGCCACUUGA